CCGGUUUUUUCCCCCCCGCAUCCCUCCGGCCGCGCCAGCCGACGAAGCGACCGCGCUCCUGCCCGGGCAGAGCGGGAUCGGGCGGAGGCACCAGAGGCACCGUCACCUGGCGCUGCGGCGGGGGCGGGGCGCGGCGCUGUGUCUGCGGCAGCUCCGGGGCGCUGCUCGGCCGCUUAAAGCAGAGGAGCCGCCAGCCGGGAGGGGCGUUCGGAGCAGUGGCGGCCGCAGAGCGAGGGGAAGGCAUGGAGGGCAAGGAGCUGGCGGCCGGGUCCGCGGGGGAUGAGGGCUCCAAGGAUGCGCUGGGCAAGCCGCUGGGUCCCACGCCGAGCCAGAGCCGCUUCCAGGUGGAUCUGGUGGCCGAGGGGCCCCGCAAGUCGUGCGGGGACAUCGGCGCGGUGGGUAAGGGAGGCGAGGAAGCCAAGGGCAGGUUUCGGGUGAACUUCGUGGACCCGUCGGCUGGCGGCGAGAGCCCCGGCGAGCCCGGGGGAGGCAGCUCGGAGGGCGGCAACGUGAGCGGCGUCCAGAACGGCGGCGACACGGUGAUGAGCGAAGGCAGCCUGCACUCGGGCGGGCACCACCACUACUACUAUGAUACCCAUACCAACACCUACUACCUACGCACCUUCGGCCACAACACCAUGGACGCCGUGCCCCGCAUCGACCACUACCGGCACACGGCUGCCGACCUGGGCGAGAAGCUGCUCCGGCCCAGCCUGGCCGAGCUGCACGAUGAGCUGGACAAGGAGCCAUUUGAGGAUGGCUACGCAAAUGGUGAGGAGGGCACACCAGCUGGGGAUGCAGCUGCUGCUUACACACCUGACAGCAAAGGGGUGGUCAAGUUUGGCUGGAUAAAAGGUGUGCUGGUACGAUGUAUGUUAAAUAUUUGGGGUGUGAUGCUCUUCAUCAGACUAUCAUGGAUUGUAGGACAAGCUGGGAUAGGUCUGUCUGUUUUGGUUAUUGGAAUGGCCACUGUUGUGACAACUAUUACAGGACUGUCUACUUCAGCAAUAGCCACAAAUGGGUUUGUAAGAGGAGGAGGAGCAUAUUACUUAAUUUCCAGAAGUCUGGGGCCAGAGUUUGGUGGUGCCAUAGGUCUGAUUUUUGCGUUUGCCAAUGCUGUGGCAGUGGCAAUGUAUGUUGUUGGUUUUGCAGAGACAGUUGUCGAGCUACUCAAGGAAAAUGGAACGUUGAUGAUUGAUGAAAUGAAUGAUAUCAGAAUCAUAGGGGCUAUCACAGUGGUUAUACUGCUGGGCAUUUCCAUUGCAGGAAUGGAGUGGGAAGCAAAAGCACAGAUAGUCCUGCUGGUGAUCCUCAUAAUUGCUAUUGGAGACUUUGUCAUAGGAACCUUUAUUCCUCUGGAGAGCAAGAAGCCCAAAGGUUUUUUUGGUUAUAACGCUGACAUAUUCAUGGAGAAUUUUGGACCGGAUUUCCGACAAGAAGAAACUUUCUUUUCUGUGUUUGCUAUUUUCUUCCCUGCUGCAACUGGCAUACUUGCUGGUGCAAAUAUCUCGGGGGACCUUGCGGAUCCUCAGUCAGCCAUACCUAAAGGAACGCUGUUGGCCAUCUUAAUCACUACAUUGGUUUACGUAGGAAUUGCAGUAUCUGUAGGUUCCUGUGUAGUUCGAGAUGCCACAGGGAAUGUUAAUGACACCAUUAUCACCGAGCUGGCAAAUUGCACUACUGCAGCCUGCAAACUCAACUAUGACUUCUCAUCCUGUCAGUCUCAGGCAGGGGCAGGGUGUCACUAUGGGCUGAUGAACAAUUUCCAGGUCAUGAGCAUGGUAUCAGGAUUUGCACCGCUGAUUUCUGCAGGUAUUUUCUCAGCCACACUGUCAUCUGCAUUAGCAUCUCUUGUGAGUGCCCCUAAGAUCUUCCAGGCUUUGUGCAAGGACAACAUUUAUCCAGGAUUUCAGAUGUUUGCUAAAGGCUAUGGAAAGAACAAUGAACCUCUGAGAGGAUAUAUUCUAACAUUUUUAAUUGCUCUUGGAUUCAUACUAAUUGCCGAACUGAAUGUCAUUGCUCCAAUUAUUUCUAAUUUCUUCUUGGCCUCAUAUGCCUUGAUUAACUUCUCUGUAUUCCAUGCUUCUCUUGCAAAAUCUCCAGGUUGGCGCCCUGCUUUCAAAUACUACAAUAUGUGGAUUUCUCUCAUUGGAGCUAUUCUGUGCUGCAUUGUAAUGUUUGUCAUUAAUUGGUGGGCAGCACUUCUAACCUAUGUCAUAGUUCUUGGGCUUUACAUCUAUGUCACUUACAAGAAACCAGAUGUGAACUGGGGGUCCUCAACUCAAGCCUUGACUUACCUGAAUGCACUGCAGCAUUCCAUUCGGCUCUCAGGAGUGGAAGAUCACGUGAAAAACUUCAGACCUCAGUGCUUAAUUAUGACAGGUGCUCCAAAUGCACGUCCAGCUUUGCUUCACCUCGUCCAUGCUUUCACCAAGAAUGUGGGCUUGAUGAUCUGUGGCCACGUACAUAUGGGUCCUCGGCGGCAAGCCAUGAAGGAGCUAUCAACUGAUUUGGCUAAAUAUCAGCGAUGGUUAAUUAAAAACAAGAUGAAAGCUUUCUAUGCACCAGUGCAUGCAGAGGACUUGAGGGAUGGAGGACAAUACUUAAUGCAGGCUGCUGGUUUGGGUAGAAUGAGACCUAAUACCCUUGUUGUUGGAUUUAAGAAAAACUGGAGACAAGGUGAUAUGAGAGAUGUUGAAACCUAUAUCAAUUUAUUCCAUGAUGCCUUUGAUGUUCAGUAUGGUGUAGUUGUCAUUCGCCUCAAGGAGGGCCUGGACAUUUCUCACCUUCAGGGCCAAGAUUUGCUGUCAUCCCAAGAGAAGUCUCCCUGCGCCAAGGAUGUCAUAGUAAAAGUGGAUUACAGCAAGAAGUCUGAGACAGACACUUCCAUAGCUUUUGCUCCAUCAUCCAGUGAAAGAACUCCCACUCAGCGCAAAGAUGAGGAUGAGGAUGGAAAGACUCCAACACAACCACUGUUGAAUAAAGAUUCAAAGAGCUCAUCCUCUCCUUUAAAUGUGGCUGACCAAAGACUUCUUGAUGCCAGUUCUCAGUUCCAGAAGAAACAAGGCAAGAGCAAUAUUGAUGUCUGGUGGCUCUUUGAUGAUGGAGGUUUGACACUGUUGAUUCCUUACCUUAUCACAACCAAGAAGAAGUGGAAGGACUGCAAGAUCAGGGUGUUCAUUGGUGGAAAAAUAAACAGGAUUGAUCAUGACAGAAGGGCAAUGGCUACUUUGCUCAGCAAAUUUCGGAUAGACUUCUCAGAUAUUAUGGUCCUUGGGGAUAUUAAUACUAAGCCAAAGAAAGAAAAUAUUGCAGCUUUUGAGGAAAUGAUAGAGCCCUUCCGACUUCAUGAGGAUGAUAAAGAACAAGAAGUUGCAGAUAAAAUGAAGGAGGAUGAACCAUGGAGGAUAACAGAUAAUGAGCUUGAGCUUUACAAAACAAAGACUUACCGACAGAUUAGGUUAAACGAGUUGCUGAAAGAACAUUCAAGUACAGCUAACAUAAUUGUCAUGAGCUUGCCAGUGGCACGGAAAGGGGCAGUUUCCAGUGCACUGUACAUGGCCUGGCUGGAAGUUCUCUCUAAAGACCUGCCACCAAUCCUCCUCGUUCGUGGGAACCAUCAGAGUGUCCUCACCUUCUAUUCCUAAGAGUACUGCACGUGGCACAUCCGUGAUGAAAUGGUACUUGCAGUGCCCAGGGGAGAGUGACUGCCGUGGUCUAGAGCUCAUUAACAUCACAAAGACAAAAAGUGACUCUUCUUUCACUAUUUCACUGACUUGAAAGCACACAAGGAAAGUCACUGUAUUUCUAAAGUUGUGACAUCUUCAGUUUUAUUCUAUAUUUUCUGUAAUUUAAUCUUGCUUAAUGGGGGAGGAUUCCUUGUUAGACUGAAGAACAAGAUGAGCUUUUUGUUUGCUAUUUGAAUAGCAGCAAUAAAAUGUUGUAUUUUUGAUCAAUGAAAGGAUUAUAGAUUUAUAAAAGCCUUUUAGCCUUGAGGUGCCUUCUGAAAUUAACCAAAUCUCACCCAUACAUCCUAUUUUGUAAAUUUAUAUAGAAUGUCAAAAUCUGCCUUCAACUAAGAGUUUCGAUCAGACUUCCUUUAGUUCUUAGUCUAUUCCAUAUUACAAUAAAAAUGAAUGCUGCUUUUCAGUCUUCCAUUGAGCUAUUAGUUCUUAGUACUGUAUGUUUUUUAUCAUCAGAAAGAUUUGGGGGUUUUUUUGUUUGUUUGUUUGUUUGUUUGUUUUAAUUAUUAUAUCUGUUAGAUUUAAAGGUGGGAAUUGGGGCAGGUCAAUUGAACUAAAGCAAAUCCCUGAUGUUACUGCCACUAAGUUUUGUAACAGUUAAAAUAAAACUAGUUCUGCUUCUAGAGAGGGUCCUUUUUCUCAAAUUUGACAGUGUGUACAACUUUGGCAGUAGUCUGAGACAGACAGCUGAUUUUGUCUACCUUGGCAGAGGGUAGUAUCCUUAAUCUUAGCUCUGCUGUGGAAUCAAGCUCAUCUUGCUGGCUGAGGCUACUUAUCUUAAUACAAAUUAGAAGAAAAUAAAAGACCUGUCCUAGUUCUUGGCCUCUUUUGUUUUAGUGUCACUUUCAACUUAUUUUUGAAAUAAAACUCGACUUAAGGCUUGAAUGGGGAUAAUAAAAGCAAUGUGAUGCUAUCUAACAGAAAAUAGUAAACACUAUGUGGAAUUGUACUAUCCAGUAUGAAAUGUAAAAGCUGCAGUUCUCUCGCAUUUUUCAAUAAAUGGUUAAACGGACCACUGAAGUUCUUAGGGGAGGUGUUUUUAGGUCAAUUCAUUCAGUUGUCAGAAAAUGAAUUUAGUCUUAUUAAAUAAUACUCAGGUUUUAUUGUCUACCAAUUUUGAUCUAUUCCAUACAUCCUACUUUAUACAUUUUCCAUGUUCAAUAAACUGCAAGUCUUGUGUGCCCUUUCAUUGUA